AUGCGUGAUGGAUGGAGUGAUCCCCAGAGGAGGCCUUUGAUUAAUUUUAUAGUUGUUUCUGAGUCUGGCCCCAUGUUUAUCAAAUCUAUAGAUUGUUCUAGUGAAGUGAAAAAUAAGCAAUUUAUUGCUAAUUUGCUAAAAGAAGUAAUUGAUGAGGUGGGUCAUCAAAAAGUGGUACAAGUCAUUAUUGAUAAUGCUUCAAAUUGUAAAGAAACUAAUGAAGAAACUUAUGAUGUGUAUCACUCGAUCACUGAAAUCCAUGGGGAUGCUUUGCAAAUCAAGAAUUUUAUAAUGAAUCAUUCCAUGAGGCUUGCAAUUUAUAAUUGGUUUAGCCCUUUGAAAUUGCUUUCAGUUGCUGACACUCAUUUUGCUUCUAUUGUUGUGAUGCUUAAAAGAUUUAAACUCAUUAGGUAUGCUUUAGAAGCAAUGGUUAUGAGUGAUCAAUGGGCACAAUACGGAGAAGAUGACCAAGGCAAAGCUAGAUUUGUUCAUGAUAAAGUGGUGGAUGAGGAUUGGUGGGAAAAUGGUAAAGAAGUUAUUUUUGAUCAUGAAAGAAAGCAAGCAGAUGGGUUUUCUCCUUUCUAUUAUGCGGUUCAUCGAAUUCUUGUUGAUUGUUGGGCAGAAAGCAACACUCCCUUUCUUUGUUUGGCUCAUUCAUUAAAUCCACGGUUUUAUAGUGAAAAAUGGCUUCAAGAGGGAGAAGGUAGAGUGCCUCCUCAUAUGGAUGGAGAAGUAUCAACUAAAAGAAUUAAAUGCUUUAGGAGGAUUUUUUCUAAUGAAGAUGAGCAAAUUAGAGUAAAUGAUGAAUUUGCAAAUUUUUCUUUGAAAAGUGGACCUUUUGCAAAUCUUGAUUCUAUUGGAAGUAUGUAUGCUACAGAUCCUAGGAAGUGGUGGGCAUGUUUUGGUUCCAAUGCACCUUUACUUCAAAGAGGGAAUAAAUUAACUCCAAAACGUGCAGAGGACUUAGUUUUUAUCCAUAAUAAUCUUCGUCUUCUGUCGAGAAACUCCUCCCAAUAUUAUGAUGAGAAGACAAGAUUGUGA